CAAAUGCAUACAAUGGAGGAAGUUCUGAGUCUGCAGAGGUCCCCACUUCCGGAGACUGAACUGCGUUGAAUCAAGCUUACUUCCCCAUUAACCUUGAAACAAAGCGAUCUAUAAGCAGCACAGAGGAGCUCCUUGAAGUUCAGCGUCCACAGGAUUUUGAUGUAGGUUUGGAGUCAUUGUCCUACUGGACAUCCUACCUAUGACCAAGUCUCAGCUUCCAAGCAGAAACAACCAGAUUUUCUAUCAGAAUUUCCAGGUGUUCUUCCUCCUCCAGAAUGGGAACCCUGAUAAUUACAUUACUCUUUGUGUGUCUGCUCACAAGGCAGACCAUGCAGUUGGAGAGACAGCAUUGUGACAAGCAGUCCUUUUGUGACUGCUCUAAUGAAAGACUUCCUCAGGUCCCCAAGGUGCCUAAAGACACCCUGGGAUUCAACCUUUCCUUCAACCAAAUUGAAAUUAUUACAGAGGAUGACUUUCAAGAAUAUAGCCAUUUGAAAACUCUCUACCUGCAAAAUAACUGGAUUAAAUCUAUUCACGAAAGUGCUUUUUCUUCUCUUGGUAACCUGGAAAGACUUGACCUGUCCUACAACCACCUUGCCACAUUAUACUCGUAUUGGUUUGACUGGCUUAUCUCACUUCGGCAUCUAAACCUCUUAGGGAAUACUUACGAAAAAUUAGGGAGAGGAUUUCUUUUUUACCGGCUGGGACAGAUGAGAACCUUGCGGUUAGGUAGUCCCCGGCUUUACUACAUGGGCAAGAAUGACCUGGUGGGUUUGAGAGAUCUAGAUGAAAUGGUGCUAUCUCUCAACCACCUGAUUCAUUAUGAGAAGGGUGCCCUCAGACAAAUCCAACUCAAUGGCUCCCUUACCCUUUGCCUUCGCCAUUCAUUUCAGAAUGAUUUGGUUCUUGUGAAAAACAUCUUGAAGGACAUCUGCAACUCUGAUAUUUCUCUGACUAUUGCUGAUGUGAUGAUGAAUAGUAAUGCCACCGUCCAGCCAUUUGUUGAAGCCAUGAAGAAGGGUGUGACAAGGUUUUCCUUAAAUAAUGUGACAGCCACUGAUGAAGCCAUCAUUUACUUCCUGAUGGCAAUGGAUAACUCUCCAAUAACAUUUUUAGGGAUUGAGGAUUCAUCAUUUCUUGGACGUGACUUUUGGGACAAUGUAAAUGCCACACGCUAUGACAAGCUGGAAACAUUGUAUAUAAAAAAUCUAGCAAUUCAGGAUUUGUAUGCAUUUAGUUCUCUCAGUUACCUCGAAAAUAUCCUUGAAUUCCCCAAGAAUAUAUCUGUCAUUAACAGCCAAGUCUUUCUCAUGCCCUGCCCAACGUCUAGGCUCUUGAAAAGGUUGGAAUAUCUGGACUUCACUGGGAACUUGCUCACUGAUAUUGCCAUGAGAGAGUCCAUGUGUGAUGGACAUGGUACAUUGCAGCAGCUCAGAUCUCUUAAUGUGAGCAAGAACUCUCUUAGGUAUCUUGAUAUAAUGAGCCACUUAGUCAGAAACCUCAACAAGCUUGAGUCCUUGGAUUUAAGUCAAAAUGUAUUUUCUGAAAUGCCUGUAGUGUGCACUUGGCCCACAAGUCUGCGAUACUUAAAUCUGUCCUUGACCCAACUACGGGACAUAACAGCAUGUCUCCCAAAGAGUUUGCACGUCUUAGAUUUACGUGGCAAUUACCUGACUGUGUUUGACAUAGAACUACCUUACCUCAAAGAGCUCUACAUCUCAGGCAACAAGUUCAGGAGCUUGCCCUCAGGAAGGUGGUUCCCAACCCUACAGCUACUGCAGAUCCAGAAAAACAUUAUCAACAUGUUUGACACAAUGGAUUUGAAGGAGUAUAAGAACUUGCAAAAUCUGGAAGCUGGCUACAACAUAUUUGACUGUUCAUGUGAAUUUUUGGCUUUUAUGCAGCAAAAAGUUGGACAGUUAGUCAGGAUUGUUGAUGGACCAGAUAGCUAUGUGUGUGACACACCAGUUGAUUUGAGAGGACAACUGGUUGUAGAUGCACACCUCUCCAUAUUUGAGUGUCACAUGAUGGUGGCUGUGUCUGGACUAUCCACUAUUGUCUUUUUGGCAACACUCAUCUGUGGGAUCCUUUGCUACAAGCUCCAUGUUGUUUGGUACAUAAGGAUGACUUGCGCUUGGCUUCAAGCUAAGAGGAAACGAAAGAUUAAUGCGAACAUCGCCAUCUGCUAUGACGCUUUUGUUUCUUACAGCGAGAGGGAUUCUGAGUGGGUUGAGGAGUUCCUGGUCCAGGAACUGGAGGGAGCCCAGCCACCAUUUCGGCUCUGCCUGCACAAACGUGACUUCCUUCCUGGGCAGUGGAUAGCAGACAACAUUAUCAAUGCUAUGGAGAAAAGCCACACAACUCUCUUUGUCCUGUCCCAGCACUUCGUCAGCAGUGAGUGGUGCAAGUAUGAGCUUGAUUUCUUGCAUUUUCGCCUGUUUGCAGAGAAAAAUGACACUGCUGUCCUGAUUCUUCUGGAGCCCAUCUCCAAGGAAACCAUUCCCAAGAGGUUCUGUAAACUGCGCAAAUUUAUGAACUCAAGAACCUAUUUGGAGUGGCCAGAAGAUGAGAUGCAAAGACCUCUAUUCUGGGACAAUCUCAAGGUAGCAAUUAAAAGAGACGCCUAACUUGGCUUAGAAAGUACAAGAAAGUCUCAAUGGCCAAUAUUCGCUGUAAACAUGAGGGAAGACUGGGGAACAACCAAACACUUUUAGGUUUUCUCCUAAUGAGACAAUAUACAGUGGCAAAAAAAAGUAUGUGAGCCCUUUGGAAUUACUUGGUUUUCUGCAUUAAUUGGUCAUAAAAUGUGAUCUGAUCUACAUCUAAGUCCCAAGUAUAGACAAACCCAAUGUGCUUAACCUAAUACCACACAAACAAUUAUAAUAUUUCAUGUCUUUAUUGGACACAUCCAUUAAACAUUCACAGUGCUGGUGGAAAAAGUAAGUGAAUCCUUAUGCUAAUGACUUCACCAAAAGCUCAUUAGAGUCAGGAGUUAGCAAACCUGGAGUCCAAUCAAUGAAACGAGAUUGGAGCGAGGUGUAGAGCUACUUUGACUUAUAAAAAACACUCAAACGUUUUGGUUUGCUAUUCACAAGAAGCCUCUGCUGAUGUGAACCAUGCCUUGCAAAAAAGAGAUCUCCAAAGACUAGGGAUGUGUAUCGUUAGGAUUUUAUUGAUACCGAUACCAAUACCGAUACUCCUUAUCGGUGCCGGUAUUUAUCGAUACUCUUAUCGAUACCACGGCGUGUAAUUUAGUGUAUAAAAUAAAGAUGUUACAAGAUGGUAAAAGAUUCAAUCAUUUUUUAUUACCUCUGGUUAAUCUAAUUUUGAAAUAAAGUUCCAUUUUAAAUGUGAUGCAUAUUUGUUAUAAAGCGUUAGAUUGAGUAAUCAGGUGAAUAAAACAUGCGUGAAGGUUAAUUGUCAUUACAUUUUGUAUCAUAAAAUCUGUUUUAAUAGAAAAAUAAGCUUUUCUGAUCGUUCAUGUGUCUGGACAAAAAUAAAUGCAGAUGUUUUGUAUUUGGAUAAAUUUGGGGACACUUGAGGACAUCUGGAUGCAGUUUUGGGAAAACUUGUGGAAUUUGAAUGCCUGUCGAUAUCUUUACCGUAUUUUGGGCACAAAUAUAACCUAGUUGUGGGUUGGUCCUUGACUUAGAAAUUGAGAUGUUCAUGGCUAAAUGUAAUGUAAACUAUCAAAACACAAGGCUUUUUGUAAUUUCUUUGUAUUUUAGUGUAACGUUUGUGGACACUGUGCAUGCUCUGACAUAAAUUUGUUCUGUCUCAACCUCA